CAAAGAUGGCGGCCGCCCUAAACGGUUUUCGAAAGCUAUGUGUCGGUGGCUUGCGGUCUCAAACAAGGCUACUGCCAAGGGUGUUAGGUGUCAAUGGCUGUCAACAUCAGCAGAACAGAAAUUUGUCGUUGCAUGAGCACUACAGUAUGAAGCUCCUUCAGGAGGCAGGCAUUCUUAUACCUCAGGGUGGUGUAGCUAGAACGCCCGAACAAGCUUAUGAAAUAGCAACUACUUUGGGUAUUGAGAGUGACUCAGAUCUGGUAGUCAAGGCACAAGUGUUGGCAGGGGGGCGAGGAAAAGGAACGUUUGAAGGAGGGCUCAAGGGAGGCGUAAGAAUUGUGUUCUCGCCAGAUGAAGCUAAGGAAAUGGCAUCAAGAAUGCUUGGUAAAAAGCUUUUCACAAAACAGACAGGAGAGCAGGGUCGAAUAUGCAAUGAUGUUUAUAUUUGUGAAAGACUUUAUGCCAGAAGAGAAUACUACUUUGCCAUUGCUCUAGAGAGAGCAUUUAAGGGACCUGUACUGGUUGGUAGUCAGCAGGGGGGGGUUGACAUUGAACAGGUUGCCAAGGAGUCUCCAGAAGCCAUCAUUAAAUUUGGAGUGGAUAUUAUGAAAGGUUUGUCAAAAUCUGAUGCUGUGGAAUUUGCCAAAAAGAUGGGUUUCAGUGAAAGCUGUGCAGACCAGGCUGCUGAUUUCAUUGUGCGACUUUAUGAUCUGUUCAUUGAAAAGGAUGCCACACUGAUUGAAAUUAAUCCCAUGAGUGAAGAUGUACUAGGAAGAGUUGUAUGUAUGGACGCCAAAGUGCUCUUUGAUGACAAUGCUGAAUUUCGACAACCAGAUGUCUUCCAACUAAAAGAUUGGUCACAAGAAGACGAGAGAGAAGUAGAAGCAGGAAAAGCCAACUUGAACUACAUUGGGCUUGACGGAAGCAUUGGAUGUCUGGUGAAUGGUGCCGGUCUGGCUAUGGCUACUAUGGACAUAAUUAAAUUACAUGGGGGUGAGCCAGCAAACUUUUUGGACGUAGGCGGUGGUGCAACAAUACAGCAGGUUAUGGCAGCCUUCAAAAUCAUCAGUGACGACAAAAAGGUGCACGCAACUCUUGUUAACAUCUUUGGUGGUAUAAUGCGCUGUGACGUCAUAGCAGAAGGAAUUAUCGCCGCAGCGAGAGAACUGGAGCUCAGUAUUCCUAUUGUUGUGCGAUUGCAAGGAACUCGAGUGGAUGACGCAAAGGCCCUCAUUGCUGCUAGUGGGUUAAGAAUUAUCGCUUGUGAUGACCUUGAAGAAGCUGCUGAAAUGGUCGUCCGCCUUUCCAAUAUUGUUGAACUCGCUCGUAGCGUGAAAAUGAGGGUGAAUUUCGAGCUGCCCAUCUAAAAAGAUAUGUCUUAUUCUAUGAAAUAGCAUUUUUUGAUAUUGAUUCUAAAGUUCUUUAUACCACCAAUGCUAAUUUAAGGUUUCAGUAGCUACAUCUUCUCACUUUCACCCUCUUGUAAAACGCAUUGAAGGAAUGUAGAACCAAAUAUAUGUUCAGUGAAAGACAAUUGGAAGUGUCAGUUAUAUUUUCUGUAGAGCCCUGAAUGCGCUUACUGGAAGAUAUCAUUUUGAAUGGCGAUGUAAUUAUGUUCAUCCAUUUUAUUAAAAAGCAAAUAUAUUUAU